AUGUUGCGACCUAAUAGUAAUCUUGAUAUGAAUAUUUUAACAAAUGUUAUUGAAAAACUAAGGAUAACAUUCGUCAUCUUUGUUCCAGCAAUUAUGUUAUUAGUGUGCGAUUAUUUGGAAUCAAAUACCAAUCACAUUGUAUACCUUGAAACACUGCGAAUUGUCUGUUCUGGAGGCGAUGCGAUGGUGCCGAGUACAAUAUUGAGGUUCGUACAGUAUGUUAGUUCUACGUGUAAAGUUUAUAAUUUGUACGGUCCCGCUGAAAGUACAAUGGCAUGUAUCUACCAUCUAGUUAAUAAUGACGAUUUGAUUUCGGGAUUGAUUCCAAUUGGACGUCCUUUAGCGAAUUAUCAUUGUUAUAUUCUGGACGAAUAUUUACAGCCUGUUGCUAACAAUGAAAAUGGUGAAUUGUUUAUUGGUGGUGCGGGAGUAUUUGCUGGGUAUUUAAAUCGAGACGAUUUGAGUGUGCAAGUUUUGCAUAACAUUCGUCGUCUAACAGGACAAGAUGGAAAAUAUUAUAAAACUGGCGACUUAGUAAAAUAUAAUCUAAAUGGUGAAAUAAUCUUUGUAGGGCGUGAAGAUUAUCAAAUAAAACUGCGAGGUAUGCGUAUUGAAGUUGGUGAAGUUGAACAAACCAUUCUUCAUUCGCCUCUAGAAGUGUCAAGUUGUGUUGUGGUGAAAAGAUGCUAUGAACAAACCCAUCAAGAAUAUUUAUUAGCUUACGUACGGAUGAAAAAUCGACAUACUAACGAUGAACUACUCAUAAAUGAAUUAAGAGAAUAUUGCCAACUACAAUUACCACAAUACAUGAUACCCGCUAUGUUUAUCACAGUCGAUCAGUUCAAAUUAAAUGCAAAUGGUAAGAUUGAUCGUAAACAAUUACCGCAACCUGAUUUCUCACAACUAUUGAACUCUAUCAAUAAUAAGAACUACAUUGAACCACAAACAGAAUUAGAAAUACAAAUACAUGAUUUAUGGUGUCAAGUUCUAAAUCAUGAAAAGAUUUCAUUAAAUUCAGAUUUUUUUAGCUUAGGAGGUACUUCACUCCUAGUAAUGAAGCUAUAUUAUUAUUAUAAAACAAAAUUUCAUUCUAUAAUAAUGAAUAUAUCAUGCCUAUUUGACAAUCGAACAAUCAAGCUACAAGCUCAGUUAAUUCAAAGAAUGCAACAACAACACGCAUGGCCAGUUGUGAAAUUUUAUGGUGAUCUGGCACAACACCAGUUUGGAUUAUCGAAAGAGAUGUGGGGAAACUUAGUAGAAAAUAUUCAGAUGAUUUAUCAUUGCGGAGCCAUGGUCAAUCACUUAAAAGGUUAUGUUGAACACCGAGCAGCAAAUGUCAACGGUACAUUAGAAAUUAUUCGAUUAGCCGUUUCUUCUUCUCACAAAAUGAAGAUUAAUUAUAUUUCGACAUUAAGCGUACAGUCAGUUAAGGGUGAAGAAGACUGCUAUCAAUCAAUGGAAACAACAAAUGGAUAUGUUCAAAGCAAAUGGGUCGCUGAAAAGAUAAUGCAACAAGCGAAAGAAAGUGGAUUAUCUGUAACAAUAUUUCGACCAGGUAUGAUAUCAUGGUGUACAACAACGGGAUGUUUUAAUGAGCAAGAUUGGUUAUAUAGAUUAUUUGCUGGAUUGAUCCAUAUUCGUGUAGCACCCGAUAUUAACUCUUAUCUAGAUUUAACACCUGUUGAUUAUGUUAGUAAGAAAAUUGUUCAACUAGGCCAACAGUCAAGAAUACCACUGAAAAGUAUUUAUGCUAUCCAUAACAAAAACAAAAUGAUUACUUUUAAAUCCAUAUGGUGUACAAUAUGCCGCACAAUAAAUCCAAUGAGAUCACCUGAGUAUGUUGAAUUAAACGUCUGGAAAGGAAAACUUUUACAGAUGCUGAACAAUUCUAACAAUAUUGAGCAAGACAAUUUAUUAAACGGUUUAUUAUUGUUUGAUAUCAACGGCUUUGAUGAUGAUGCUCCUCUGAAUAAUAAUAAUGUCGACGUAAUUUCUUUUCCAGAUCUUAUUGAUCCAGUAUUGUUCGCUCAAAAAUUAAUUCAAAAAACUCUAACAUGA